UGAACAUAACACACAGGUAUCCAGAUGUGUAAAGUAUGGCUGUGUAUUCUGACCAUAACACACAGGUAUCUGGAUGUGUAAAGUAUGGCUGUGUAUUCUGAACAUAACACACAGGUAUCCGGAUGUGUAAAGUAUGGCUGUGUAUUCUGAACAUAACACACAGGUAUCCAGAUGUGUAAAGUAUGGCUGUGUAUUCUGAACAUAACACACUAUCAAUACAAAUAAGGGGAAAAUACUUCUUAUUUUCUCUAAAUGUUCCAACAAACAACAAAAGCUCAGUAGAAGAAAAAAAAAAGUAAUUGUUUUGGGCAAUUUCUCGCCUUCUUUGUGGGUCUGGCAUAAGACUUCAUCCACAUCAAUUCAAAUUCAAUCAAAUGUAUUUAUGAAGCCCUUCAUACAUCAGCUAAUGUCUCAAAGUGCUGUACAGAAACCCAGCCUAAAACCCCAAACAGCAAGCAAUGCAGAUGUAGAAGCACGGUGGCUAGGAAAAACCCCCUAGAAAGGCCAAAACCUAGGAAGAAACCUAGAGAGGAACCAGGCUAUGAGGGGUGGCUCGUCCCCGUACAGAACUGUCUGCGUCCCCGUACAGAACCGUCCUCGUCCCCGUACAGAACUGUCCUCGUCCCCGUACAGAACUGUCCGCGUCCCCGUACAGAACUGUCCUCGUCCCCGUACAGAACUGUCCGCGUCCCCGUACAGAACUGUCCGCGUCCACGUUCGGUGUGGCGCCAAGGAUAUUGUCCGGUUACGCGCAGAGUGGACUGAGGUGAUCUUGGGGAAUAACGACGGAGUUUGUUACAGUGUUGAGACACCGAAGUUUACUGUUCAAUUUGCUUUUUUCUUUACGGUCAGGGACAGUAUGAGUGUAGCCAGAUCCUUUUCACUCUCUGUCCUUGUUUCAUUUUGUGGUUCACCGGAUUCGUCAUCGAGACGAGGGACAGACGAACGACCUGCUAACUAGUCGGUACAGCUCGGUAAGCUAGCUAGCUACUCUACCAGCAGCAUCCUAGUUACCAUAGCUACCACUACAUCAUCACCGGCUGUCUGCAUUUCUUGUGGACUGAUGGAGCUCCCCGGUUGUUUCUUCCACCUGUUAAAUCCCGGUGAGGCUUCUCCCUCUCUUGUUGACGGAUGCUGGCUACCUCUGUCCGGUUCUCCUCUCUUCACUAGAUGGACGGUAACUUUAGUGUUUAAACCCUCUGUGUCCAAGGACCGAACUUUUGAAUAUUAUUUUCAGGGCGCCUCAAUAGCAGGUAUUGAACACCGGGUAAAUAAUCACUAGUCAGAACUUCAACCUCAGUAUGAAUUCAUUAUAAAAAAUCUAUUUAAUAUCAGAUAUUGUGAGUAAACAACCUCGAGAGUGUGUCUUCCAGCCCUCCAAUAAAUCACAUCAUUCAACCCUCCCGGUUAGUAAAUUUACCUCAACAUGCCCCCGGAGAAGGCAGAGUAACGACACCAGCCUUUUAGCGGGGCUGACAGACUGACUACAACGCUCGCGUAGCUAAAUGAAUUUCGUUAUUAAAAAUGACACACUGCUUGCACGCGCCAACGAGCGUCUGGAAGUCAGUUCAAUUUGUGACGCAGUUCGCGCUGCAUCUCCUCAUUGGUUUAUAGAAGCAGGUCCCCAAAUGUCAUGUUAUUUAGCAAAAAAACAUAACUUAACAUAAACAUAACUUCUUUAAACAAUUAAAGCUAAUUUACGAACAUUUCUGAAUAUGAAUAUAUAGCUUUUUGGAAUGAAACUCUUCUUAUGUUUCCCCAUCUGAGCUCAGAGUAGAUGAGAGAUGUAAUGUUUGUCUCUGUUGUGUUGAAGCCCAAUCAAGCAGAAGAGACCAGCCUCCCCUGUUCCCAGCUGUGUGUCCAUGAAGAGUGACUGGUCUAUGGAACUUCCUAUAGAGUUUAGAGAGGGAGACUUUUCUACUGAACAAAGAAACCAACAGGAGAGAUCAGAGUCAGAGAUUCUCAGUGGUCAGUCUUCCCAGAGUCAUCAAACAGACCUGGCCUCCAUAUUCAGUUUGCUUGAAGAGAAAAUUAUGACAUUUGUGAAGAACGAGCUGAAGAUGUUCAAGAGGAUUCUUGGUCCAGAACUCCCAGAAGGCUUUGAGAGUCAGAAGCAGGAAGUGGUGGAUGCUGAAGAUGAGAAGCAGGAGAGCAGUGCCAGAGAGGGGGCUCUGAAGAUCACACUGCACAUCCUGAGGAAAAUGAACCAGAAGGAGCUUGCUGACAAACUAGAGAAAUAUGAGCUUGCUGUGAUUUGCCAACGUGAACUCAAAUCUAAUCUAAAGAAGAAGUUUCAAUGUGUAUUUGAGGGGAUCGCUAAACAAGGAAACCCAACACUUCUCAAUAAGAUCUACACAGAGCUCUACAUCACAGAGGGUGGAACAGGAGAGGUUAAUAAUGAACAUGAGCUGAGACAGAUUGAGACAACAACCAGGAAACAAGCAAGACCAGAGACUGCAAUCAAAUGUAACGACAUCUUCAAACCCUUAACUGGACAAGAUAAACAUAUCAGAACUGUGCUGACAAAGGGAGUCGCUGGCAUUGGAAAAACAGUCUCUGUGCAGAAGUUCAUUCUGGACUGGGCUGAAGGAAAAGCAAAUCAGGAUGUCCAAUUUGUAUUUUCAUUCCCUUUCCGGGAGCUGAAUUUGAUGAAAGAGGACAAACACACUUUAAUUGAACUUCUUAAUCACUUCUCAAUGGAAACCAAACAAUCAAGAAUCUCCAACUACAACAAGUACAAAGUUCUGUUCAUCUUUGAUGGUCUGGAUGAGUGCCGACUGCCCCUAGACUUCCAGAAGAACAAGAUCUGUUGUGACGUCACAGAGUCAACCUCAGUGGAUGUUCUGCUGACAAAUAUCAUCAAGGGAAAUCUGCUUCCCUCUGCUCUCCUCUGGAUAACUACCCGACCUGCAGCAGCCAAUAAGAUCCCUGCAGCGUGUGUUGACCAGGUGACAGAGGUACGAGGGUUCAAUGACCCACAGAAGGAGGAGUACUUCAGGAAGAGAUUCAGUGAUGAGGACCUGGCCAGCAGAAUCAUCUCACACAUAAAGACAUCAAGGAGCCUCCACAUCAUGUGCCACAUUCCAGUCUUCUGUUGGAUUUCUGCAACAGUCCUUGAACACAUGUUGAGUACAGACAAGAGAGAAGAGAUGCCCAAGACUCUGACUGAGAUGUACACACACCUUGUGGAGUUUCAUACCAAACAGAAGAAUGAAAAGUAUCUUGGGAAAGAAGAGACAGGUCCACACUGGAAUAAAGAGAGCAUUCUGUCACUGGGAAAACUGGCUUUUCAACAGCUUGUGAAGGGCAAUCUGAUUUUCUAUGAAGAAGACCUGAAAGAGUCUGGCAUUGAUGUCAAUGAAGCCUCAGUGUACUCAGGAUUGUGCACACAGCUCUUUAAAGAGGAAUGUGGGCUGUACCAGGACAAGGUGUACUGCUUUGUUCAUCUGAGCAUUCAGGAGUUUCUGGCUGCUGUAUAUGUGUUCCUCUCAUUCAUCAACAACAAUGAGAAUCUAAUGGACAAACUGCAAACAAACGACAAGCCUGAAGUUACUUUCUACAAGAGUGCUGUGGAUAAAGCCUUACAAAGUGAGACGGGAAACCUGGACCUUUUCCUCCGCUUCCUUCUGGGCCUCUCACUGGAGUCCAAUCAGAAGCACUUACGAGGUCUACUGACAAAGACAAGAAGCAUCUCACAGAGCCAUGAAGAAGCAGUCGAGUACAUCAAGGAGAAGAUCGGGGAGGAUCUCUCUCCAGAGAGGAGCAUCAAUCUGUUCCACUGUCUGAAUGAACUGAAUGACCAUUCUCUAGUGAAGGAGAUCCAAAGAUACCUGAGAUCAGGAAGUCUCUCAAAACCCAACCUGUCACCUGCACAGUGGUCAGCUCUGGUCUUUGUGUUGCUGACUUCAGAACAGGAGCUGGAUGUGUUUGACCUGAAGAAAUACUCCAGAUCAGAGGAAGGUCUUCUGAGGCUGCUGCCAGUGGUCAAAGCCUCCAGAGCUGUUCUGCUGUCAGGCUGUGGAGUCACAGAGGAAGGCUGUGCUUCUCUGGUCUCAGCUCUGAGGUCAAACCCCUCACACCUGAGAGAGCUGGAUCUGAGUAACAAUGACCUGAAGGAUUCAGGAGUGAAGCUGCUCUCUGCUGGACUGGGGAAUCCCCACUGUAAACUGGAGACUCUGAGGCUGUCAGGCUGUCUAGUCACAGAGGAAGGCUGUGCUUCUCUGGUCUCAGCUCUGGCUCAAACCCCUCACACCUGAGAGAGCUGGAUCUGAGCUACAAUCACCCAGGAGACUCAGGAGUCAGACUGCUCUCUGCUGGACUGGAGGAUCCACACUGCAGACUGGAGAAACUCAAUGUGGAACAUGGUGGAGAGAACAGAAUGAAACCUGGGCUUAGAAAAUAUGUCUGUGAUCUCACACUGGACCCAAACACAGUAAACAGACUCCUCUCUCUGUCUGAGGAGAACAGAAAGGUGACAUGGAGGAGAGAGAAGCAGCCGUAUCCUGAUCACCCAGAGAGAUUUCAGUACUGGAGACAGGUGCUGUGUAGAGAGGGUCUGACUGGGCGCUGUUACUGGGAGGUAGAGUGGAGUGGGAGGGCUGAUGUAGGAGUGACAUAUAAAGGAAUCAGCAGGAGAGGAAGGGGUGAUGACUGUGGUCUUGGAUACAAUGACAAGUCCUGGGGUCUGCUCUGCUCUGACAACAGUUACUCUGCCAGGCACAAUAAUAAACCCACUACCAUAGACGUCCCCUCCUCCAGCUCCCACAGAGUAGGAGUGUAUCUGGACUGGCCAGCCGGCACUCUGUCCUUCUAUAGAGCCUCCUCUGACACACUGAACCACCUGAUCACAUUCACCUCCACAUUCACUGAGCCCCUCUAUCCAGGGAUUUAUGUUUGUGUUGACUCGUCAGUAUCCCUGAAAUAAUCACCUGACACACACACACUGGACACACACACACACUGGACACACACACAUACAAACACAGUGGAAACACAAACACACACAUUCACUGAACACACACACACAAAACUGGACACACAAACAAGCACUGGACACACACGCACACACACAAACUUGACACACACACUGGAAACACACACACACUUGACACACACACUGGAUACACACACACACACACACACACACACACUGGACACACUGGGCACACUGGACACACACAAACUGGAAACAUACACACACACACACACACACUGGACACACACACACACACUGGAUACACACACACACACACACUGGACACACUGGACACACACAAACUGGAAACAUAAACAGGAUACACACACACACACACACUGACAAACACACACUUACAAACACACACUCUGACAGUGUGAUUUAAUGAUAUAUUUUACUGUUUGUGUUUGUACCACAGGAGGUUGGUGGGACCUUAAUUGGGGAGGACAGGCUUGUAAUGGCUGGAGGGGAAUAAUUGGAAUGGUAUCAAACACGUGGUUUCCAUGUGUUCCAUUUCAUUCACUCUGUUCCAGAUUAUUAUAAGCCGUCCUCCCCUCACCAGCCUCCUCUGGUAUGUACUGUCCUAUAUGUGAGACAUCCAACAAGGAAUUACAAUGUAUGUAUUACUUUUAAUACCUGCAAAUGGCAAAUAAACUACUAGAACUCCUUA